UUUGACGGCCUAGUGGAAAUUUGCGCCACCAUCCUCAAAGGGUUGUUAAGUUGAUGUCGUUGUUUUUUGGUCUAGUGGCUUUACCGUUUUUAUUCUACCAAGGAUCAUACAUUAUGAAGUUUCUUGUAAAACGCCCGUUAUAGAAUUUGAGACCGACUCUGGACUUCUGUGAAGGUUUUAUCUUGACUUGGCGGAAUGAAUUACAAAUUUAAAGGUGAAGGAAGAAUUUUAAUUUAGUCAAGGAAUAUUCGCAAUGGAUUUUACUUCGUUCGAAAAGGAAGAUUUGCGUGCGCAAGUAGUAAAUGAGUUGAAAUACUUUGGUGUUAAAUAUAGAAAAGAAAGGGUUACCACAGCUCAAGAAAGCAUUACACAAAAAAAAACGUCGAUUUUUCGCUCCCAAUUGCAUACGCUGCAAUUAUCAGAUGCCAUUCUUGCAAAUGGAAGCGUUGUCCAAAUACCAAAAUUUGUUGUAGAUAUGUGUAAUUUUAUUUUAGAUCGUGUUGAGACUGAAGGCAUUUUUAGGAAAGCAGGGUCUUCAAUAAGACAAAAGGAAAUUUUGGCUUAUCUCGAAUCAGGGAAUCCACUGGAUCCAUCCCACCACGUUAUAGAUGUGGCUAACGUUGUUAAGUAUUUUUUUCGUGAGCUGCCCGAACCACUUAUUCCAUCAUCACUUCAAGAGACUCUUUUACGAGCUUUGUUAAUAGGCAAAAACAAUGAAAAGGCUGUUUUAUUAGCUUGCAUGCUAUUACCAACUCUAACACUUAACACUUUGCGUUUUUUUAUGCAAUUCCUGCGAACAGUGUCGCUUAGCGAAUACCUUAAUAAAAUGUCUACAUCAAAUUUGGCAAUAAUUCUGACCCCAAGCCUCAUGCCAUUUGCAAAUAUCAAAAGUUUCCGUUUUACAAACCAUAUGAAAGUCGUGCAGAUGCUAAUAGAAAAUGCUAAUUCAAUAGGUAUUGUGCCUGGAAAUGUCGCCAGUAGAGUAGCCUCUAAAUCUUUUUCUUCGGAUAUAGAAGCAUUUUCACUAUCAUCACCUCAGUGCACAGAUUGUUCCGGAAUAAACGAUGAGAAGAAGAAAAAGAAAAGACGCAGCGGUUCGUUAACGCAUAUGUUUAAUGGAUUCAAGCGAAUAGUUGGUGCGAACAUAGGCUUUCCGGAGGAAUCAGAAACUAAUAUAAUAAAGGGGGAUUUGUUGUCCAAAGAAAGAAUUUCCGAGAUUGAUGUCCAUUACACACCAUGUCAUAAAUCAAAAAAGAAACGAAAGCUUGCUGAACCAAUGAGCACAUGUGAGAAAAAGAAACGAGAAUUGCUUGCACUACUUCCAAAAAAAUCUGGAGGAUUUUUACCUAAUACCCCAUUGAUCAAGAAAAGUUUAAAAGUGUGUCGCAAUCAGCAAAAUGUCAUUGUAAGCUCAAGAACUUUUGCGGCUUCUACGGAGAAGCGAUGGAGUACCUCUGGAUCUGGUUGGCAAAAGCACAAAAACACUGAAAAUCUGAAAAAUACUCGAUCCGUUUUUCCCGAUGCUACCAGAAAAUAUGAAGUUCUCGAUGCUAACAUAAUAAGAAAUCAUCAACAAAAAGCUGACGCCUUAAAGACAGAAGAUAGCGAGUCGCAAAUAUUGAACUAUUUGAAGGAACAGACAAUUCAAGUAAUUGAUCAGAAUGUAAUCAAUAACACCCAACUAGAUAGAGGUGAAAAAUUAGUAAAUACUUUAGAAGGUGUACAGAUGCAAUAUGAACGAAUUUUAAAAGAAACAGCAUCUUUGUCCCUUCCGAAAGCCAAAGAAAUGCCACUGCACGUACAUUGUGAAUUAAAAUCACGAAGACGUUCACAUCAGCCAGCCGUACGUUCACCAAGUGCCAGAAAAAUUGGAAGCAUUCGUCGACGGUCACAAGAUACAUUUUAUUUCAAACACGCAAACAAUAACAAGAUUGUAGCUAGCGAUGAAAGGGCUCGUAACUUAAAAUGUAUUAGACAGAGUGUGGACAAUGGUUUUGAGCUUCCACAUGCAAAUACUAAGCAUUCUAAAGAAAGUUCCACUGAAAUGAAAGAACAUUGGAUGCCUGGAGAGUAUUUCUUUAAAAAGUUUCUUAAUGAAGAUCCCAUUGAUGCAACGCCCAUUAAAAAACAUGUUGGUGAUGCGAUUUUGCCGAUUAAUAAUUCAAGUGAAAUUUUUCCGACCAGAGAUUCAUCUGAGAAUUUACGUAUAAAAGCAGCGUCUACCAGCAAAGUUCAAUUUAUUUCUCGCAUUGCAGAUUCUAGAUCAAUUAAUGCGGAAGAAUGCGGACGAGCUUCUAUAUCUCGCCUAAGAACUGACAACGCAGGUAUGGUAAUGGCAAAGGCUAGACUUUUUGAUCGGUUACGAGACUCCAAUGAACAAAUACAUUAUAGGAGAAAUGUUUUCAAAAACAGUAAAGUUUCAGAAAACAUAUGUAAAAAUCAGACAACAUGUUCUUCGAGGGAUAACUUAUACUCGCAUAAAUAUAACACAGAAAUGGAUAAUAAAAUCCACGGCCAGAAUAAGGGGUUACCAAUUGUGAACUCGAGACAACACAACAGAAACUUCAAAUAUGUCAAAAACAAACGUGAUUUUGAAGUUUUUCCUAAAAAAACAUUGCCCAACCCCAAGAAGGAGGGACAUAAUUUUUUUUAAAUUAAUAAAUUAAUGAUGGUACGAAUUUUAAGAAAAAAGAAGAAAAAUAUUUUGGCCAUAAAGCACUCUCUAUUUUAAUUUACAUGUUUUCGAUAUCAUAUUUACAAAAAAUAUGGUUCUUAUUUCAAGUAUUGAUAUAAUUUUUAAUAAGAAUUUAAAAUUAUCAAUCAUUUCGUACACAAUUGGUAUAUUACAAUGUAAUAUACUAUACUACUUAAAGAAUACAUAUGAAAAGAUUACAUGCGUUUUCUAGCGAAA